GUCGGGACGCGUUGGACCGCCCACAAGCGCACGCGCGGAUGGCGACACUUCGAGUGCGUGGGUGCGUCUCCCAAGGCGAAAACGCUCACGCUUCGCGCGACAUGCGAUACCUCGGUCACGGUGGACAUUCCAGUGAAGUUUUUGAAGGAUCGCAUGGAGUGGAGCGCGGGUUGGAAGCAACGGGAAGAGCUC